CCAUGUCCACCAAUGAGACUGCUAAUUCACUAGCCGCCCGCCUUAACAGAUUCAAGAACGAGGGGAAAGACAGUACAGAAAUGAGGCGGCACCGAAUAGAAGUUAAUGUGGAGCUCAGGAAAUCUAAGAAGGAUGACCGGAUGCUGAAAAGGAGAAAUGUCAGAUCUUUUCCAGAUGCUGCUGCUUCUCCACUGCAGGAAAACCGCAACAACCAGGGCACUGUAAAUUGGUCUGUUGAUGACAUUGUCAAAGGUACAAAUAGCAACAAUUUGGAAAGCCAGCUCCAAGCUACAAAAGCUGCUAGGAAACUGCUUUCCAGGGAAAAACAGCUCCCUAUAGACAGCACAAUCCGGGCUGGUUUGAUUCCAAAAUUUGCGUCCUUCUUGGGCAGAACUGAUUGUAGUCCCAUUCAGUUUGAAUCUGCUUGGGCCCUCACUUACAUUGCUUCUGGGACAUCAGAACAGACCAAGGCUGUGGCAGAUGGAGGUGCUAUCCCAGCAUUCAUUUCUCUGUUGGCAUCUCCCCACACUCACAUCAGUGAACAAGCUGUAUGGGCUCUAGGAAACAUUGCAGGUGAUGGCUCAGUUUUCCGAGACUUGGUUAUCAAGUAUGGUGCAGUUGACCUGCUGUUGGCACUUUUGGCGGUUCCUGAUUUGUCAUCUUUAGCAUGUGGUUACUUACGUAAUCUUACCUGGACACUUUCAAAUCUUUGUCGCAACAAGAAUCCUGCCCCACCUCCCUUAGACGCUGUUGAGCAAGUUCUUCCUACUUUAGUUCGUCUCCUGCAUCACGAUGAUCCAGAAGUUUUAGCUGAUACCUGCUGGGCUAUUUCCUACCUUACUGAUGGUCCAAAUGAACGGAUUGAAAUGGUUAUGAAAACGGGGGUUGUACCUCAACUGGUGAAGCUUUUAGGAGCUACUGAAUUGCCGAUUGUGACUCCCGCGCUAAGAGCCAUAGGGAAUAUUGUCACUGGGACAGAUGAACAGACUCAGGUUGUAACAGAUGCAGGAGCACUUGCCAUCUUUCCCAGCCUGCUAACAAACUCCAAAACUAACAUUCAGAAGGGAGCUACGUGGACAAUGUCAAACAUCACGGCUGGCCACCAGGACCAGAUACAGCAAGUUGUAAAUCAUGGAUUAGUCCCAUUCCUUGUUGGCGUUCUCUCUAAGGCCGACUUUAAGACACAAAAGGAAGCUGUAUGGGCUGUGACCAACUACACAAGUGGCGGAACAGUUGAGCAGAUCGUAUACCUUGUUCAUCGUGGCAUAAUAGAACUGUUGAUGAACCUCCUAACUGCAAAAGACACUAGAAUUAUUCUGGUUAUUCUGGAUGCCAUCUCAAAUAUCUUUCAGGCUGCUGAGAAACUAGGUGAAACUGAGACUAGUAUAAUGAUUGAAGAAUGUGGAGGUUUGGACAAAAUUGAAGCACUGCAAAACCAUGAAAAUGAGUCUGUGUACAAAGCUUCAUUAAACUUGAUUGAGAAGUGUUUCUCUGUGGAGGAAGAGGAAGAUCAAAACGUUGUGCCAGGGCUUCCCUGCACCUUUGCCAUUGCUUCAGGUCCUUACCCAGCUGCCAUCAGCAUCAAUAGAUCUGUGCUGUUUAGUGAUUGUGCAUCAGUUGAAGUCUCUGCAUCCUUAGUGGGUGACCAGCAGAAAUAG